UGACACCUCGCUGACGAAAACUGUGGUCCAGCUGUCACGGCGCGCGAAAGAUAAAAAAUUGUGCUGUGAGAACAGGCGGGAGGACGAGAGGCAACCGAGCUAAAGGCCAUCUCAUUGGACAUCAACGACUGAAUUAUCCUCCGUUGUUCAGGCAUGAACUUUUUGGAUGCUUUUUGACGCUGCCAAAACUUGACGAGACUUUUGAUUUCUCGCCGCUGGUUUCUUUGUGACAAUCUUCGAGUAGCAAGCGGGCAACGAGAUGAGCCUGGUCCUUUCUCAGCAACAGGUUGAAGGUCUUCCUUCCAUGGCCCCCUCGGAAACCGAGAGCGAUUCAGACAGUGGAAUGGGCUCUCCAGCAGAGGGGACUAUGCCAGAGACAACAAAUAACAGAGAGGAUCAUCCAGACUCUGAUGAGGAAGAAGACAUUCAAGUUCGCCGAAAGCCUCGCCGUCAUGCCAUCAGAGACAGCGAGGAGGAGGAGGAGGAGGAGACGGCUGUGGCAGAAACAUUCUUAAUGUCUGCUUCUCGUGGAGAGGAGAUAGAAACAGAUGAGAAACAAGAGGUUGAAAAAAGCAGGAGAAGAAUUUCUGCUCCCGUAGAUGACGAAGACAGCGAACCCGAGCUGAAAGUGGAUGAGCACAGGCAGAACACUAAGAAGGUCGCCAAAACAACUAAAGAUCCAAAAAGGAGGGAGAGGAGCCAGCGGCGCCGAGACAAAAAGGAGAAACAUAGCAAAACGGUGGAAAAACUGAAGACCAAAGAGAGAUUCUCCGACAUGGACGAAGGUACGCAUCUCCUCACUGCCCCGAAUGACAGCGGCUGCCUGUUGGCUGACACGGAUCUCUUCGACGCCGGUAUCGAUGACGAGUUAGAGGAGGAAGAGUCACUGGAUUCAAUUCGAGCAGCUGUCAAACAAAAGAUGAAAAAGCAACAGGCACCUUUCCUGGAUGAAGAAGAGGUUGGAGAUGGAGCGGAAAAGCCCCAGCGUGCGGAGCGAAAAGCAGCACGUGCAAGCAAAGAGGCAAUGAAGCAGCUCCACAGUGAGUCUCAGAGGCUGGUCAGAGAGUCAGAACUUGGCUUGCCGUACCACAUGCCGGAGCCAAAGACCAUCAGCCAGUUUUUUAAGAAGAGAGCCAGGCCGGAGGGACCUGCCAUGGCUCUGUUGAAAUCUCGACAGUAUUCUGAAGUCAUGUUGGAGAAACCGACACCGCCGCUACCUGCAGCCGACCCCGCCAGCCAAGCCCAACAGGCGCCCGCAGAGCAAGACUCCGCUCCCCCUCCUCACCAAGCAUCCUCUCAACUCAAACCGUUACCCGAGCCAGAGAACCUGAGUCCUACGCGCGAUGCCGCCAUCUUCACAUCCGACCGUGGAUUCGCUCCGAUGCUUUAUCUCUCGGAGAGUUUGCAGGAGUCGCUUUCAGCGGAUGCGUCGAUGAAAACCGCAUCCGAAGAAGGGGGUCUUUUGAAACAAACCGAAGCGCUGUCGAACAUCCAGCGAGCGGAGGACGGACCCCCAGCUGCGGUUGAACCUCAGUCUACAACUCUUACUGCCGAGCCCCUCACAACGCUGGCCGGCAAGCCAAAGAUGGACAAAUUAGCCCGACUAAAAGAGCUCGGACUGGACCCCCCGCCCGUUGCUAAAUUGUGCGCCAACGCCGGAGAUUUUAUCCUCCUCGAUCCAGCUUCGCACAACCCGGGCGUCGAGGCUCUGAAAAAGCGCUACCUCCGUCACAUCCACGCUCCGGUCCGGCCGAAGGGAGAGCAUACGUUGCAGCUCAACAUCAUCCGUAAAGACACCGCGGCGUCUGGCAAGGAGGAGUUGUGUGCCCAGACUGUCGCCGUCACCGUUAAAGAAGGACAAGAAGAACCAGCACCAACCAAACCUGGAGAGAAAUUGUUGACCCUGAAGCAGCGGCUGCAGCUCGCCAUGGCGCAGCGCAGGCAGGAGGAGCGAGUGCGCAAGGCCGAGCUGAAUCGCCUCGAUAAUGAAGACUGUGGGGAGGAAGAGGAGGAGGCCGAAAUGACGGAUGAGGACGAUGAGGGUUUAGAUGAAUUGUUGGGAGGCGAUGACGAAGAAGAGGAUGGCAGCGGGGCGCAGAGUACCCGAAGUUUUUCCCCCGCGGCACUGAAUUGCCCGUCGGUAACUGCGGACAUCAUGAACACCGAUGGCACCCUCAUACUGUUCCCUGGCAACUCCUGCUCUCGCACCGGUGAUGGUGGAAGGAGAUCUGGAGCGGGGCAAUACAGUGGGAGUAAAGUGGAAGAGGACGACUCGCUGUCUCUAAUGAAGGACAUCAGCCACAACAGUAGCUUCGAACUGGGCGGAUCCAUGAUCACUUCCUAUCAACCCAUCAGCCAUCAGCGUCCGGGGAGGGGCGCUUGCAACUCCAACUCCAGCUCGCUGUUCCGUUCGCCGUCGCCGUGCCUCUUCAGGCCGAGCAUCCUCAGCUCCGCUUCCAAGAGCUCUGGUAAACUGUCCGAGCCUUCGCUGUGCCUACCGGUUGAAGACUCCCAAGAUUUGUACGCCCCUCCUUCCCCAGCGGACUAUGAGCCCCGUGGUGAAGUCGGCGGACGCGGCGGUCUGGGCGGAGACUCUCAAGGUCGCUUCUCUCUCGAGGACGACGCCCACUCCCAGUUACUCGACGCCGACGGCUUCCUGAACGUGGGUCCGCAUCCCGGUGCCGUCCACUCCCACAAGAGAAAGUUAGUCCUGGACAGCCUGGAUGAAAACGCAAUGGACGCCAACAUGGGGGAGCUUUUAGGAAUGUGCUCGGGUGUUUUCGGGACGGCGCCGAGCGGCGAAGCGCCACCGGCCGCCCGCGAAACGGAAGAACUUCUCGGAUUAUGCUCGGGCGCAUUUCCAAGCACACAUGCGGGCGAGAAGUCACAGACUGAUCAAAGCAAGGAGAAGGAAGAUGACGAAAACAGCAUGGAUGAACUACUUGGCCUUUGUUCUGGCAAAUUUCCCAGCUCGGGUUCUUCCCACAUGAGUUCACCAGCACAAAACAGGACGAAGACGCUUCAGGAUGAGAAAGAGGAGGAAGAAGAGGACUGCGAAUUUCGGCUUCUCUCCGACGUGGAAGACGACGAAAGUGAUGAGGAUGAGGAAACGGAUGCUGAUGAAGAGGACGAAGAGAAUCAUGAGGUCGAAGAGGAGGAGCUGAAUGGAGUGUUUGCACCCGAUCUCGCGAAGAAAAAAAAGAAGAAAAUGCACCUGACCGACUACGUGGACUCGGAAGCUGAACUGUCAGGCAGCGACGAGGGCAGUGGCGAUGAAGAUGACGAGGGAGGGAGCGAGUAUGAGGAAGAGGAGCUCCUGGAGGAGCUUCCCUCCGAUGAAGAGCUGCACCAGCAGGUCAACAAGAUCCACAUGAAGCAGAUCAUGGAUGAUGACAAGCGACGCUUGCGCCUGUACCAGGAACGCUACCUCGCCGAUGGAGACUUACAUUCCGACGGGCCCGGAAGAGCUCGCCGCUUCCGUUGGAAAAAUCUCGAUGAGGCCUUCGACGCAGACAGGACUGGAGCCGAGGGUGAGGAGGAGCACGAGGAUGAUGAUGACAUGGAUCAGAUUGAGAUCCAGAGGAGGAAGGAGAGACUGGAGAGGGAACAGUGGCUCAGAGAACAGUCCCAACAGAAAGCCAAGAAAGCGACAGAUUUGGAAGAGGAGGACGGCGAGAUUGACCAGGAAGCUAGUCAGUUCCUGAAGUUGGCCAAGAAGGUGACUGCAAAGACUCUGCAGAAGAAAGCAGAGCUUCCUGUUGCACCGCCGCCGCUGAAGACAUCAUCAACCCUCAAUCCCUUCCUGCGAUCCUCACAGGUUAAAAGAGGUUCCUUGUUGAGUCAGCCACGGGCUGUCCUUCAGAAAUUGGCGUCCAUAACCGAAGGCAACCCGCUGGCACCCAGGAACAGUCGUGCGUUCCUCUUUCAGACGUUGUCUCCCGAGAAAGACGACUCAACCCGGAAAGCGUCUCAGAAUCAUACGACAAAGAGGAGGGGGAACACGGGAACCGUGAACCCGGCAGCCAAGAGGGUCUGCAGGCAGGACACAUCUGUCGGACACACUAAGGGACCCCAGAGAAGCAUUUUUAGCUUCUUGGACCACUGAAUUCAGGACAUAGCCUGAUGAGUAUUAACAUUUCUACAAAAUGACUAAAACCCGUGUUCGCUUUUUAAAUUUUUAAAUUCAUGUUGUGUUCAAUUGAUAGCCAACUAAUUGUAUAAAUGACUUUUUUUUAUUAUUAUUUUUUUUUUGCUUGUGUGUGUAUAUAGGGAUUGUUUUUGAAGUCUAAAUUGUUGGGUUUUGUGUAAUGUAUUUUACAUGUAAAUACAAUUAUAUUUUAAGACAUUUG